AUGCGAAAAUAUAAGAAACAAGAGACACAAAUGUUCACAGAAGUAAGAUGGAUAAAUGAGAUGGAACACUCACCCGUUGUUCUGUCUGCAUCACAACUCAAGCAUAUGCAAUUGUUGAAAAUGGAGGAAAAGAUGGACGCUGGCAAGGGCUUAUAUGAAGAAGAACUUGAUGUACGGUUGGUUCUGUUCGAUCAAAUGCUUAACCAUGUGCUCCGUAUUGACCGAAUAUAUCGUCGACUUCAAUGA